AGGAGAGUGGGGUUUAUAUAUAUAUAGUCUUCAAGUUAUUAGUCAUUCAUCACCAGGAAGGCUCACUGAGACACCAGCGUUCAUCUACAAGGUCUGUACUAUUGUAAUCAUCACCAGUAGAACUAGCAGAGAGACCCACUCACAUCUACAAGAUUUCAUCAUGUGGAGAAGUCUACUGUUAACUGGAUUACUGUCCAUGAUAGCUUGUUCUGAAGCAUUUUUUUACUGGAGACGAUAUCAUAAACGACCGUUCAUUGAUGGAGAUGGUGGAAAGCAUAUUAUGUCUUUGACGAUGUGUUUGGCUCACAUGUCUGGUAUGAACAACAAGUUUAAAAUGGUGGACACUUCACCAGUAACGGAUGAAAGCUCUGGGUUAACCACAAAACACUGUAAGAACAAUGGUGUCAAAUACCGUACAAUUAACGGUGUCUGUAACAAUAUUUUUCGACCGUCAGAGGGAGAAGCACUUGCACGAUUUAAACGUUACGUCAAACCCAAUUAUAGAGAUGGAAUUGGCGCCCCUAGAAUAUACUCCGUGGAAAAAAAAUGUUACUGGUAUUAUCGUUGCUACAACUUACUUCUACCUAGUGCUAGAACCGUGAGCUGCGCUAUCCACCCGUCACGUAAAGUCCCGUCUAAACACUCGGUGAUGCUUAUGCAAUGGGGGCAAUUUCUGGACCACGAUAUAACUGCCACAGCCGUUCAACAACCUGAUAUGUCUAAACCUGGUGAUGAUUGCUGCAAACAUCAUUAUAUUCAACUUAACAAACUUCAUCCUGAUUCCUUAGAAAGGAAUAAAAGAUGUUUUCCCAUACCUAUCGUGCAGUGGCCGGUUGCAGAUCCCGCCUUUAGGUCCAACUGUUUUAACUUCGUCCGAUCUCGACCAGUCAACCCUAAGUUCACUAAAUGGGAUCCACGAGAACAACAGAAUUUAUUGACAGCUUUUAUCGAUGGUUCCAAUGUUUAUGGUAGUAAUGAGGAAACUUUACAGAGGUUGCGAGACUCAAAUGGGAAAAUGAAGACAUCGUCUGGUGAUUUGUUGCCACCAGGCAAGGACGACUCUUGUGUUCUUCCUAAAGAUAAAUUCUGUUUCGAUGCUGGAGAUGAAAGGGUUAAUGUUUUCCCUGGUUUAACAGCUUUACACACAGUCUUCGUCAGACUUCACAAUUAUAUCGUAACUGAUUUUACCAAACAUAACCGUCGGUGGGAUGCAGAAAGGUUGUUUCAGGAAGCACGAAAAAUUGUCGGUGCCAUUCUACAGAGAAUCACCUACACGGAAUUUUUACCCGAACUUUUAUCCGAUGCCACCAUGAAAGAGUACAAACUAGAGGAGAGCAACGACUACAAGUACCAAAGCAGGAUUAAUCCAAGUAUUGCGAGCGUUUUCGCCACGGCAGCGUUUAGAUAUGGCCAUUCUCUAAUUCCCGAUUUUCUGGUAAUUGAUGGUAAACAAGUAAAAAGCCGUCUUCUCUUCAAUAAUCCACAGUUUAUCUUCACCAGUUUGAAAUCGGUGGUGGAGAAUAUUCUUUCCAACGAAGCAGAGCUGAGAGAUCGUUUUAUGUCUUCGGAGACCACUGAACAUUUGUUUGAACAGGACAAGGGUGGACCGUUUGAUUUGGCGGCCUUUAACAUCCAGCGAGGGCGAGAUCACGGUCUACCAUCAUAUAACGCAUUUAGAAAAUUAUGUAAUCUUAGUCCAAUUAAACACCUCACCUCGCCGCUUAGCGACGUUUACGGACAUGUUGAUGAUGUUGAUGUAUUCGCCGGUGGUAUGGUUGAGAAGAACUUAGCAGGUUCAGAACUUGGUGCCCUCUUCAAUUGUAUCUUGGGCAUGCAGUUCAGAGAUUUGAAAUUUGGAGACAGCUUUUGGUAUGAAACAAAGGACAGUGGCCGAGGUUUCACCGCCGCUCAACUAAAAGCCAUCAAAAAAGUAUCCUUGUCGCAGAUCCUGUGUCAGGUGCUGGACUUGGCGGAAAUUCAGCCAAAUGCCUUCCGAAUUGAAACUGAUCAAAACAAGAAAACCAAGUGUAACACACUGAAAGGUUUGGAUCUAUCACCAUGGUACGAACAUUAAACCUCCCUACAUCAAUAACAUUAUCGACGACAACAUCAACCACCUGGUCUACAUUUGUAUCUGUUUAGUGCUUGUAGUUAAUAACGCGUAAUUAUCUAUUAUUUGUGUUAUAUGGAAUGUAUGGGGGCGUAGGAGGGGGCGUGGGGGAUAACGUAUUCGCUAACAAUAUAUAUUCUUUUUAUAUUCUUUGUGUGAUGCAAAACCGUUUGGGUGGGGUAGGGGGGGGGGGCUUAUAGAAUUAAGCGGCGCGGGGUUUAGGUCCCAAACUUGUACGUGAUAUGGCGUAGAGUCGCCUGCCUAACCUCGUUUCUCGGGGGAUUUUCCCGAUCCCGGGUCCCACUGUUUCCCGCGGUGCUAAAGACACCAACGCGCAAGUAUGUUAGUCCCGUAAUGCCCCCCCCCCCCUCUCUCUCCCUCUCGUGUUAUGAGGAGGGACAUUUGCCUACUCCCCGUCAAGGGGUUCUUUACGUGCACAUCAGCGACUUCAUUAUCCCUCUUGGUGAAAGACAUCGUUAAACCCCGUUUCAUUUCGUUUCAGUUACUUUAACACCCACAUAUAUUAUGUAAACAAUUUUAAUCAUAUUCAGGCUUUUUAUUUUACUCAAAUGUAAAUUGAUCAUCUUCCAUGUCACCCUGGACUACCUGGUGUCAAUCAAUCUUUGUAUAAACUGGACUACCUGGUGUCAAUCAAUCUAUUUAUAAACUAGGGGGUUGUCUUAUUACACUGCUUCUUAUUUUACACCUGAAUUUUUAAACGUCAAAGUCACCCACGUUCUCUUAUUGCCAUGUACAAUGGCAGUUGUUAUAAUAAAAUUAAUCCAAACGGUUACGCUCUAUCUCGUUCAGAGCAAUAACGUUGAAAUAAAACCAAGCCGGAUUUGAACACGAAAUAAAGCUUAAAUGUUUAAAUUUGAUCAUGGAAAACAUUGAGAAUCAUAAUUGAAUAUCUUUCAGUAAUAAAUAAACAUACACAAGAUUUGUAAUAAACAACUCAAUUAUUCUUCAUGUAUAAUAAACAACUCAACUGUACUUUGUAAUAAACAAUCAAAAUGUACAUCAUUUGUAAUAAUAAUAAACAACAUUUCUAAUAAACAAACGUAAUUCAUUUCUACUGCUGUGUGAGUUAAGGCUUGAGUAUCGUGUAUGCAAUCCGGCGUGGUUUCCCCAUGUCAGUGGUGCAGGACGGAGGGCCUGACAAGGACAGCUCUCUAGUUGUUCGGAUGGGACGAAAACCGAGAUCCCGUGUAUACAGUGGUGUGCACAUAACAUAACCCUUGACAGUUGGAAUUCGAUAUAAUAUUAGGCCGUGUCGCGGCCAUCCCGGCAAAGUUUAAAAUUUCCCUCAUCGCACUGUAUGGCGUAUGAGCGUCGUCAUUUGUCCAGAAGGAGCAGAACAAUAGGACGUUAAACCCCGUUUCAUUUCAUUUCAUUUUCGUGUAUGCAAAUGUCAUGUGUCGACAUGCUAUAUAUAGGGUACUGAUUUCAUUUCAUUUCACAACGCCAGCUAUUACCGCCAUGGCAAAUGACAUCGUAGCCACGAGCGUAUACAGACAUGUUCUAAUGUAAUAUUGUCUGCGAUAUCACCUCGGUUGACGCGGACGUAAAAUACAACUAACUUACACGUUUUAAUGUAAUACUAGAACACUUAUUAUGGAUACAAUCACUUGGUUUAUUAUACUGCAACGUUUCAACAACAUUUUACAAGUCGUUUUCAAGCAAAUAUCUAAUGUACAAAUGAGACAUAUCAUGGGUGAAGUAUAUGUACAAUCAACAAUAUCAUUAAUAAACGAGCUGUAUAGACAGGUGACAAAAAUUACUUUAAGGUUUUUAUAAGAAUAUAAGUCUACUUGUAGUAAGUUUUUAGUUAUUGGGGGGGGGGGGGGAUCACGUGGCUAAGUGGGUAAGACGCUGACUCGCUAGCCUGGAGUUCGGGUGUUCGAUCCCUGCAUUGGCCGAGAAAGUUCAUCCAGAUUUUCCGGCGUGUUUCUCCCUUGUCAGUGAUGCAGAACGGAGGGCCUGACAAGGACAGCUGUCUAGUCGUUCGGAUGGGACGAAAACCGAGGCCCCGGGUACACAUUGGCGUGCACGUAAAAGAUCCCUUGGCAAUUUGAAUUCGAUAUACGAGUAGGCCGUAGCGCCACUGCCCGGGCAAAAUUUCCCUCAUAGCACACUGUAUCGCGUAUGCCCGUCUUCAUUAGCCCAGGUUAGGAGCAGAACAGUAGGACGUUAAACCCCAUUCCAUUUCAUUUUUUUUACUUAUUGUAAUGAUAUAAAAACGUAAGGUUAACUCUUAGUCACAUUUAAAACAUUAUAAUCAUAUCAUAAUCAGUUAGGUAAUACAGUUUUAAACAAUGGUUACAGUAUUUGAUAUAAUUUUGAUAUUUUAAACGCCCAAUAAUUUAAAUAUGCAGUGUUUUGAUUUUUGAAGAAUUAAUUGUUUGAUUACAUUUAUAGUUUGAGUAAAUUUAAUAAAGAUAAGUUAACAAUUAUAACAAAUACAUUAUUGUUCGUAUUGGUGACCGUAACUUUAAAUGCUCCGGGAAACGUUGCAGUAUAAUAAACCAAGUGAUUGUAUCCAUAAUAAGUAUUCUUAUAUUAUAUCAUAAAUCAAUUGCUAAAUGCCUCUCAAAGAUUAUAACAGACAUAUUUAACCAGGGUUUAUUCUAGGAGGUCUCGGAUUCGAUCUCGGUAUUCGCGCGGUUUCUCCCAGUGGGAGCACAAAAGUUGGAUGUUAAACCCCAUUUCGUAUUUCAGUGAUUCAGGUUUACAAAAUGGAGCUUUAGCCUUUCGCCUACAAACCAAAAAUACGCAGAUUCUUGUUUUAAUGGUGAGUUACAUGGUUUUGUUUUUUUGGACCAAGAAAUGGAUCCCAAACUCAACUCACCUUGCGGUUAUUCAUAAGAGAGUGGGGUGGCGUUUUGGCAACGGGGGGCAACUGUAAAAGGUCGAUCUGAACGCCUCUUACAACUUGCCCACUAGACAUUGGACAGGCAAGGUGUGCAGCCUGUGGGUGAUACAGCCAAUCAAUGGGAAGAUGACAGGUUGUCAACAAAUGGAAAAAAAGGCAGGUUGUCAACCAAUGCGUGGUGUGUGUAAAAUAAUUGUAUUCGUUUCUUUUGGAUCCUCCCCUUAUGCUGGGCCUUGUACUAUCUUCUAUUUCAAACACACGUCAAUCAACGCCUACACGACUAACGAUAUAUGGCGAGGGUAUAUUAUAUAUAUAUUAUCUGUUCGUGUUACAUCCGGGAUUAAACAACUUUUUGUUGUCUAAUGUGUAUCCGACCUGUACAUAUCUUAUUUUAUCUGACCGAAUUAAACACGCAUUGAGACAUGUCGACUUUUGUUGUAUUAAAAGUAAUAAGUAUCUGAAUUAAACGUUUUUAGAAAUUAUGAAUACAUGCAGGAAUAAAUAUGUCGAUUGUGUUGUUGUCGAUUGGCUGAGUAGAUGUAUUAAACUUGUUCUUAGAAAUAAUAAAAUGUAUAUAUAUAUUUUAUUUUAUCUGAUGGAAUUAAAUAUGUAUUAAGCCUG